CUGUUUCUCUCUCUUCCCGUUCGCAGUUCUCCGUCGCUGUCUGUCUUUCCUCUCUCCCCCCCUCAACCUUCACCAAAUUUAGCGGCAGACAUCCACUAGAGUAGAUCUGAAGUUCUCCCACCGGAUCCGAAAACCUUACUCCCCUCGGCCAUGGAGGAGGCACUGGAGUUGGCGCGUGCCAAGGACACCAAGGAGCGGAUGGCGGGCGUCGAACGGCUCCAUGAACUUCUAGAAGCUUCUAGAAAGAGCUUGUCAUCGGCCGAGGUUACUUCUCUCGUCGACUGCUGCUUGGAUCUUCUGAAGGACAGCAAUUUUAGGGUUUCUCAGGGUGCUCUACAAUCCCUAGCUUCUGCUGCUGUGCUUUCUGGUGAGCAUUUGAAGCUGCAUUUCAAUGGGCUUGUUCCGGCUGUCGUGGAGAGGUUGGGGGAUGGGAAGCAACCGGUUCGCGAUGCUGCUCGUCGACUGUUACUUACUCUUAUGGAGGUGUCUUCACCAACAAUCAUCGUUGAAAGAGCUGGGUCGUAUGCCUGGACUCACAAGAGCUGGAGAGUAAGGGAAGAAUUUGCACGGACUGUCUCCUCAGCAGUUAGUCUCUUUGCAUCAACUGAGCUGCCCCUUCAGCGGAUUAUACUCCCUCCUAUUUUGGAGAUGCUGAAUGACUCAAAUCAUAGUGUUAGGGAAGCAGCUAUGUCGUGCAUUGAGGAGAUGUAUACACAUAUUGGGUCUCAAUUCUGUGAUGAACUGCAACGUCAUAAUCUUCCUACAUCUAUGUUGAAGGAUAUCAAUGCCAGACUUGAAAGGAUUGAACCAAAGAUCCGUCCUCCAGAUGGACUUUCAAGUCACUUUUCUAGUGGGGAACUGAAGUCUGCCAGUCUAACCCAGAAAAAGAGUAGUCCAAAGGCCAAAAGUUCAAUACGUGAGAUGUCCCUCUCGGGAGGAGAAAGUGAUGCUACAGAAAAAACUGUAGACCCUAUUAAAGUGUAUUCUGAAAAGGAGUUAAUCCGGGAGUUUGACAAGAUUGCGUCUACUCUUGUACCAGAGAAGGAUUGGUCUCUCCGCAUAGCUGCCAUGCAAAGAGUUGAAGGACUUGUUUUUGGAGGUGGUGCUGAUUAUCCUUGUUUUCCUGCACUCUUGAAGCAACUUGUUGCUCCUCUGAGCACACAACUAUCUGAUAGGCGAUCUAGUAUUGUCAAGCAGGCUUGCCAUCUAUUAAGCUUCUUAUCAAAAGAACUACUCGGUGAUUUUGAGGCAUGUGCUGAGAUGUUUAUUCCAGUGCUUUUCAAGCUUGUUGUAAUAACUGUACUUGUAAUUGCUGAAUCUGCAGACAACUGUAUAAAAACGAUGUUGCGAAAUUGCAAAGUUGCCCGAGUACUCCCUCGAAUUGCUGACUGUGCAAAAAAUGAUCGCAGUGCAGUGCUCCGUGCCAGGUGUUGUGAAUAUGCGCUUCUCAUACUAGAAUAUUGGGCUGAUGCUCCAGAAAUACAACGAUCAGCAGAUCUCUAUGAAGACCUUAUAAAGUGCUGUGUGGCAGAUGCAAUGAGUGAGGUACGAUCAACUGCAAGAACUUGCUACAGAAUGUUUUCUAAAACUUGGCCAGAACGUUCUCGUCGCCUUUUUUUAUCCUUUGAUCCUGUCAUACAAAGGAUUAUAAAUGAUGAAGAUGGGGGUAUACACAGACGGUACGCUUCCCCGUCUUUGCGUGAAAGAGGUGUGCAACUGUCACGUACUCCAUCUCAAACACCUGCUUCUUCAAAUAUACCUGGAUAUGGAACUUCUGCUAUUGUUGCCAUGGAUAGGAGCGCAAGUCUGCCAUCAGGGACAUCCCUUUCUUCUGGCCUUCUUUUGUCACAAGCAAAAUCAAUUGGUAAAGGUACUGAAAGAAGCCUUGAAAGUGUGCUGCAUGCAAGCAAACAAAAAGUUACAGCUAUUGAAAGCAUGCUCAGAGGUCUAGAUAUGUCUGAGAAACAUGGUUCUUCAACUGUGCGGUCAACAAGCUUGGAUCUAGGAGUUGACCCUCCAUCAGCUCGUGAUCCACCAUUUCCUGCUGCUGUUUCUGCUUCAAAUCAUCUUGCAAGUACAGUGUUGGCUGAUAAAAUGGCCUCUAAUGGUGCUAAAGGUAGUACUCGUAAUGGUGGUUUGACUUUUUCUGAUGUAAUUACUCAGGUUCAAAUAUCAAAAGAUCCUGGGAAAUUAUCUGACCUUCGUAAUCUUGGCACUGAGCCUUUGUCAGCAUUAUCAUUGUCCUACACAACCAAAAGAGCUUCAGAAAGACUACAAGGUUCCAUUGAAGAUAGUACUGAUAUCAGGGGGCAGAGGCGAUUUUUAAACACACAUUUUGACAGGCAAUACUUGGACACACCUUAUAAAGAUUCUCAUUUUAGGGAUUCACAGAACAAUUAUAUUCCAAAUUUCCAACGGCCACUUUUGAGAAAGCAUGUAACUGGGAGGGUCUCUGCAAGUGGUAGAAAUAGUUUUGAUGAUAGUCAACUACGACUUGGUGAAAUGUCAAGCUAUAUGGAUGGUCCAGCAUCUCUCAAUGACGCUCUGACUGAAGGUCUUAGUCCCACUUCUGAUUGGUGUGCUAGGGUUGCUGCUUUUAAUUAUAUCCGGAAUUUGCUGCAGCAAGGGCCAAAAGGGAUUCAAGAAAUUACACAGAGUUUUGAGAAGGUUAUGAAGUUAUUUUUUCAACAUUUGGAUGAUCCCCACCAUAAAGUUGCACAGGCAGCCCUUUCAACUCUUGCUGAGAUUAUUCCGUCUUGCAGAAAACCUUUUGAAAGUUAUAUGGAAAGGAUAUUACCACAUGUUUUCUCACGGUUAAUUGACCCAAAGGAGUUGGUUCGGCAGCCUUGCUCCACAACUUUGGAGAUUGUUAGCAAGACUUAUGGUAUAGAUUCUCUUCUACCUUCUCUGCUUCGUUCAUUGGAUGAACAACGGUCCCCAAAAGCAAAAUUGGCUGUAAUUGAGUUUGCUAUUAACUCCUUCAACAAGCAUGCUAUAAAUUCUGAAGGUGCUGGUAACAGUGGCAUCUUAAAGUUAUGGCUUGCUAAGUUGGCACCUUUGGCCCAUGAUAAAAAUACGAAACUGAAGGAAGCAGCUAUUACAGGAAUAAUAUCUGUUUAUUCCCAUUUUGAUUCAUCAUCAGUCCUUAGUUUUAUUUUGAGCCUAUCAGUUGAAGAACAGAAUUCGUUAAGGCGAGCACUCAAGCAGUACACCCCUCGCAUAGAGGUGGACUUAAUGAACUUUCUGCAAAAUAAGAAAGAGCGGCAACGUUCUAGAUCUUUCUAUGAUCAAUCAGAUGUUGUUGGAACUUCAUCUGAAGAAGGGUACGCUGAAGCAUCAAAGAAAGGUCACCUUUUUGGAAGGUAUUCUGCUGGUUCAAUUGAUAGUGAUGGUGGUAGGAAGUGGAGUUCUGCACAAGAUUUAACCCAGAUCACAGGUUCUGUUGGUCAAGUGGCUUCUGAUGAAACUCGGGAUCAUUUCUAUCAGAAUCUUGAUACUGGGUCCAACACUGAGUUUCUCGCUUCCAAAGGUAGGGAUCUAAAAUUCAACGCUAAUGCCAUGGGAGAAAAUGCUGGAUCUUGGGUGAGCCAAACUGAAAAUGAAGAUCAUAACACCGGUAUGGAGAAUUCUUUAUCAACUCCACGUAUGGACAUGAAUGGACUGGGGAAAUCUGACCACCUGGGAUUGAAGCUUGGUCAUGAGGGUUCUCCUGAUUUGGAUUCUAAUAAACAGAACCUGACAGUUAAACUUAGCUCCACYCCUGAUUCAGGACCCAGCAUUCUUCAAAUUCUCCACCAGAUUGGAAAUGAUGAAAGUUCAAGUGCAAGCAAACGUGGGGCACUUCAGCAGUUGGUUGAAGCUUCUGUUGUUAAUGACCAGAYUGUGUGGACCAAGUAUUUCAAUCAGAUUCUAACUGUUGUACUCGAGGUUUUGGAUGAUUCUGAUUCUUCAAUCAGGGAACAUGCUCUUUCUUUGAUUGUUGAAAUGCUCAAUAAUCAGAAAGCAACCAUGGAAGAUUCAGUGGAAAUCGUAAUUGAGAAGCUGCUUCAUGCAACAAAGGAUAUGAUUGCCAAGGUUGCAAAUGAAGCAGAGCGUUGUUUAACUACUGUAUUAUCUCAGUAUGAUCCAUUCAGGUGUCUAACAGUUAUUGUACCACUAUUGGUCAGUGAAGAUGAGAAAACUCUUGUUACUUGCAUCAACUGUUUGACAAAGCUAGUGGGGCGGCUCUCACAAGAGGAAGUGAUGGCUCAGUUGCCUUCAUUUCUACCUUCUCUUUUUGAUGCAUUUGGAAACCAGAGUGCAGAUGUUCGUAAGACCGUUGUUUUCUGUUUGGUAGAUAUCUAUAUCAUGCUUGGAAAAGCAUUCUUACCAUACCUGGAAGGGCUCAACAGCACGCAGUUGCGGUUGGUGACAAUUUAUGCUAACCGAAUUUCACAAGCCAGGACGGGCACUGCAAUAGAUGCUAGCGGCUAGCCGUGGUUUGCUUAGUGUGGAUGGAUAUUAUAGUUUCGGUCGUGGGGUUGGGUUAUUCAUUAUUUGUCCAUUUUGUAUAGUGUGAAAUAGAUUACAAGGGAUUCUUGGGUUUUCACUGUGUGCUUUUUGGUUUUGGGGUAAGAUUUGAGUUGAGAGUGCUUGUGUAGGUGAAACAAAGUUGUGAAAAUGUACUUAUGUAUGCCCAUUUAGUGAGUGAGGUAGGGAGGGGGUCAUGUUGGGUUUUGUUAAAUAAGUGUAACAAUAUCCCCAUUGUUACGAGAAUGAAUUCUGGGCUUUUUUUUGUCAUUGUAGACGGUAUGGCGCAAAAGAUAAGGCCACAGCAAAGGUGUUCUUUUGCAUUGCUUUCUUUAUUAAUCUUAGGUUAAUUUGCA